CCGGCCCCGGCCGGCGGCCCCCGGCCCCGGGGCGCGGCGCGGCGCGGGCGGCAGCAUGGUGGAGAAGCGCUGCCCGCUGCAGAGGGACGGCGUGUACCGCUGGUUCUCGGAGCUGCCGUCGCCGCAGCGCGUGGAGUUCCUGUGCGGCCUGCUGGACCUGUGCAUCCCGCUCGAGCUGCGCUUCCUCGGCUCGUGCCUCGAGGACCUGGCCCGCAAGGACUACCACUCGCUGCGCGACUCGGAGAUCAAGGCCAACAACCCGGCCGACCUGGGCAGCCUCACCAACCUGACGGACGAGGUGGUGCGCAGCAAGCUCCUGGUGUCGCUGGCGCUGCUGGGCUCGGAGCAGCGCGAGGCGGCGGGCGUGCUGUACCGCACGCUCACGCACAUCGACUCCAUCAUCCACAACUACGGGCUGCAGCUCAACGAGGGCCGCACGGGCGAUGAGUUCCUGCUGCUCUUCACCAUGGCCUCCAACCACCCGGCCUUCAGCUUCCACCAGAAGCAGGUGCUGCGCCAGGAGCUCACGCAGAUCCAGAGCAGCCUGAGCAGCGGCGGCGGCGGCGGCGGCGGCGGGGGCCACGGCGGCAAGAGCGCGCUGCCCACCUGCCCGGCCUGCCACAAGGUAACUCCAAGAACCGAGGCUCCCGUCAGCAGCGUGAGUAAUAGUUUGGAGAACGCACUACACACAUCAGCACAUUCCACGGAGGAGUCGCUGCCCAAGAGGACUGUGGGGAAACACUCCAAAGUGAGUGUUGAAAAGAUAGACCUGAAGGGAUUGUCACACACAAAAAAUGAAAGAAAUGUUGAAUGUUCCUUUGAGGUCUUGUGGUCUGAUUCUUCAGUAACAUCAGUAACCAAAUCUUCCUCUGAAGUGACUGAAUUUAUGUCAAAGUUACCUCAGCUGUACCCUGAAGAAAAUCUGGAGAAAUUCAUUCCUUGCUUGGCCGGCCCAGAUUCCUUUUACGUAGAGCGAAGCCACAUGGAUCUGGAAGCGGACCUGAGGUAUUUGACUUCAUUACCUUCUCAUGUAUUGAAAAAUGACCACAUUAAGAAAUUUUUCAGCACUUCAUCUCCCACCCAACAGCUUCAAAGUCCAAGUCCUGGCACCCCUUCCCUUUCCAAAGUGGGCACCGUGAUGGGCGUGUCUGGAAGGCCCGUGUGUGGCGUGGCCGGCAUCCCCUCCUCUCAGAGCGGCGCCCAGCACCACAUGCAGCACUCGGCCAGCGCGGCCGCCUUGCCCCACUGCUCCCACGCGGGGGGUGCCGGCUCAGCCCUGGCCUACCGGGCCCAGAUGGACACGUCGCCCGCCAUCCUGAUGCCCUCCAGUCUGCAGACCCCUCAGACCCAGGAGCAGAAUGGGAUCUUAGACUGGCUUAGGAAACUGCGCUUGCACAAGUAUUACCCCGUCUUCAAACAGCUCACGAUGGAGAAGUUUCUGAGCCUUACUGAGGAAGAUCUAAAUAAAUUUGAAUCCCUCACCAUGGGAGCAAAGAAAAAACUCAAGACUCAGCUAGAGCUGGAGAAGGAGAAGUCAGAGAAACGGUGCCUGAACCCUGCAGCUCCACCCCCGGUCACCGGCAGCGGAGUGGCUCGCGUCCCCCCGACCAGCCACGUGGGUCCCGUGCAGACCGUGCGAGGCGCCCACGCUGCAGCGCUGCGGGUGGAAGUGGAGCAGCCCCCUCACCAGACGGCCCGGGAAGGCAGCUCCUCCGAGUGCUCCAGCUCCUCGCCCAGCCCGAUGGGGGUGCAGGCCCGGGAAGAGAGCUCGGACAGCGCCGAGGAGAACGACAGACGUAAGGACGCCCGGCGUGCCGAGCGCUCUGCUGGCCCUGCGCUGGCCCGGGGCGGCGCGCUGACCGCUCUGUCCCCGUCUCUAGGUGUGGAGAUUCACUUGGAGGGCUCGGACAAGGAGAAGCCCGUCAUGCUCCUGAACCACUUCGCUUCAAGCUCUGCCAGGCCCACGGCCCAGGUUCUCCCCGUGCAGAACGAGGCGGGCUCCGGUCCAUCGGGCCACCACGCCCUGCCCCCCCAGAUGAUGGCUGCGGCCUCACACCUGGCGCCCAUCCGGAUGCUGAAUUCCGUGCACAAGUCGGAGAGGGGGGGCGCGGACAUGAAGCUCCUCCCGCCUUCCGUGCACUCGCUGCUGUCUCUCGAAGAACGGAGUAAGCUCUCGGGACCAAGAGGCGGCAUCAAAGUGGACAAGAACUUCGGCCACGCUGUGAUCGACGCGGCCCCCACGCCCGGCCCCCAGCAGCCCCUGCAGGUCCUCUCCGCGCUUGCCGAGAGCAGCGCCGUGUCACCCACCGUCUCCUUUGGUCCCCGCGCCAAAGUCGUGCACACGUCCGCGCUGGACAGAGUCCUGAAGCCGGCCCCGCAGCCCGCCCCGGGCGGGGAGACCAGCACCGCUGCUGCGGGCACGUCCAGCACCGUCUUCCACGUGGCUCGGCCCCCCAUCAAACUCCUGGUGUCUUCAUCCGUCCCCGCGGAUUCUGCCAUUUCCGGGCAAACUCCCUGUUCUAAUAACGUGCAAAUAAGCGUGCCCCCUGCAAUAAUAAACCCCCGGACUGCCCUGUACACCGCCAACACCAAAGCUGCCUUCUCUGCGAUGAGCAGUGUGCCCGUGGGGCCCCUGCAGGGCGGCUUCUGUGCGAACAGCAACACUGCCUCCUCCAGCAGCCACCCCUCCACGUCCUUCGCCAGCAUGGCCACCGUGCCCAGCUGCCCGGCCCCCAGCUCCAGCCCCGCGCUCUCCUCGGCCCCCGAAAGCAGUUUCUACAGCGGCGGCGGCGGCUCCGGCUCCCCCGGGAACAUUCCCGCCUCCGCCCAGAACCACCACCACCACCACCACCAUCAGCAGCAGUCGGCGCCCCAGCAGCCCGCGCCCGCGCCGCCCCCGGGCUGCGUCGUGUGCACGUCGUGCGGGUGCAGCGGCAGCUGUGGCUCCAGCGGCCUGACCGUCAGCUACGCCAACUACUUCCAGCACCCGUUCUCGGGGCCGUCCGUCUUCCCCUUCCCCUUCCUGCCCUUCAGCCCCGUGUGCGGCAGCGGCUACGUGGGCGCCCAGCAGUACGGCGGCGGCGCCUUCCCCGUGGUGCACUCACCCUAUGGCGGCGGCGUGCCCCCCGAGCCCGUGCUGGGCGGCCAGUCGGCCUUCGCCGUGCCGCCCGUGCAGAGCUUCAUGGCGGGCGCGGCGGGCGUGUACCAGGCGCCGGGGCUGGUGGGCGGCAGCGGCGGCGGCGGCGGUGGCCCGGGCCAUAAGAAGAGUGGCAACUUGUCGUGUUACAACUGCGGGGCCACGGGGCACCGCGCUCAGGACUGCAAGCAGCCGUCCAUGGACUUCAAUCGGCAAGGUACUUUUAGGUUGAAAUAUGCCCCUCCAGCAGAAAGUCUGGACUCCACAGACUGAUAUUUUCCUCUGGCAACAGAACACUAUUAAGCCAUGGAGACAUAAGGAAAUUAAAUACAAGACCGAGAAGUCUAGUUGCUGUUGAGCUUAAUAUUUUUAAUCCAAAGGUGCUUUACUUUACUAGACUGGAUAGAAAACCUAGUGUAGGAGUGCAUCAAACUCAGUUUUAUUGCCAAAAUCCUAGAUUGGAGCUUGACGUCAGGACUCGCCUGGUCGGCGUCUCCACCGUGGUCGCGAUGCAGAGACCUCCGUCUCCCGAGGAGCAUCGCCAUCCUCGGUCCUUCCAGGCUCACAUGUAAUUCCAGGGCAGCUACGCAAGAUCGGACUCGAGUACUGAGGGUCGGAGUUCCCUGCGUGGCGUUCCACCAGUCGGACUCUGGUCACCCCUGGGUGAGGGAAAAUGUCGCCUCUGUUUUGUUCUGUUUUUGUUUUGUUCUGUUCCUUGAGUGGUUAGACACUAAUCUCUCUGGGCUUUUUAAGGAUUGCACUACAGAAGAAUGUAAACUGAUGCCAGUCUCUGCGGUUUUGGGAGACAGACUCCCUGAGACCAGUCAGUGCAAGACACUCGGAGAAUCUGCGUUUAAGGAGUUGGCACCAGCAGGCCGCGUGACUUGGUACACGACAAAGAUGUCAGCGUCUCCUUCCCUCCUUAAAACACUUGCAGCAGUUUCAGGUUUUUCUUUUCCUUUUUUUUUUUUUUUCUGCGAAUACAUUUAAACUACAUUAUUAAAUAGAAAUAGUUACUCGCAACAACUUAAUAUCUUAAGGGUCCAAGUCCCAGAGAAUCCCUAGUUGUCAGAGCUUUGAGAAUCCUUCCUCCCCAGCCCGUCAGUAGCGUGGAGUCUUGGUCGUCUCCCACCGCGACGGAGCUCUCGCAGGGACACGGUAACCGCCCGGCCUUCGUGGGCUGGCUCCGAGGGACGCUACGACACCCUUAGCAAAGUUGGCAAGUUCUUUUAUGUCACACGGAUCUCCCGAGGCCCCCAAGGCUGACUGCUAACGGAUUCACACUGGAGACAGACAUUUCAACAAUGAUACAGUCCUGUAACUUAGGAGCAAAAGAUUCGAAACGUUCUCCUGUCCACUUCUUUUGUAUUAGGCUGUGUAUUAAUGGUUAGUUCCGUGAGAAGUUACCUGGAAAACUACAAUAGAAAGUGGUAAGACUCUGAAAGAGGCCGCACCAACAGGACAGAGCCACAAGAUCUGCACAAGUGUGGUUUUAUCCAACGUGGGAAAGAAAUCCUCCCCACACAGCUCUCGGUGUCACCCCAUUGCAAUGAAAGUUGCUUGGUCUGAAAUGUAGGGACUUAAAUCUUCAAAGCUAAAGGGAGUUUUCUGCUCAAAUAACAAUAUUACUUUAAACACUAAAGCCUUCCAUAUUAAAAUACUGAUUGGUUAGGCCUUGCCCAGGGAUUUUGCAGUGGAGUAUGUAUUAAAAAAAAAAAAAUCAUAAUACUCAGACCGUUCUUAAAAUGGGACAAUCAGCCUCAUGCCGAAUUGGUGUAAAUCAAAACAAUACCCUAGAAUUUGAGGCACUGUGAUGUGAGGCUUCAAAUUUUAUGAUCCGUUUCCUGGCUGCAGAGAAACUAAAGCAGAGUUGUUACAUUUUUUAAUGAAAGGCUUUUAGUAGUUUUUUAGCGUUUUAUUUUAGUAGAGUUUCAUUUCUAUGCAAUGCAGAAUGGACAGACCUCUGUACGCGUCUGUCUUCCCAGUGCACAGUAUUACGUACGGUUUUGAAGCAAUGGUGAUGCUUACGGCAACUUUUUUGGGGGAAUGUGACAUUGAUCUCUUAAUUGUAAACACUACAAAAUGUCAAAAUAACGAGAACUGACACAACUUUGCCUUAAAGAGUACGAGCCUGGAACUUGUCAUAUGAUGUUAGAGGAAGACUUGGGAGUGUCCACUGAUGUUUACGAUUUUAAUAUUUCUGAAGGCCGUUAUGGUGGCCUGGACAUGUGCUGAAAGCCAAACUUUUAAAUUUUUUGGUUUUUUAAAAAAAAAAAAAAAGAAAUAUUUUAAAUAAAUCCUAUUUCAACACGGUGAAAUUGUUGAAAACUGUCUCAUAACAAGAGGAAAAAAAAUCAUAUUUAGGGUUUUUGUUUUAGUGGUCAGUAUUGGGGAAUGAAAGUGUCUGUUGUUACCCUUAGGACUAUUUUGAUAAAUAUUAGAAGUUAGCGUUCCAUAUAACAAGAAGUUGAAACAAGAUCUUUGAUUUGAAGUAUGACAUUCAAAUUGAGGUAAAUGAGUCCAGACAUUGUGCGGCUGUGUUCCAGUCAUCAAAGGUCUUAGAAAAAUCCCCAGUGUCUUUGGAAGUGCAUGUGCGGUGUGAUGUCUCCAGUGAGGCCAUUCCAAGGUGAGAAUUGUGAAACGUAAAUGUGACAUACACGGGACAUAAAGCAUUCAGCUGCCGAUCUGUGCGAUCUCUCCCCAAGUGAAUUUCCACACUUGGACUUGGGAAUGUUUGCUGGCAGUAUUAUCUCCGAUGAAUUUCUCUCCAAAAGCAACCAAAGUCGUUAAGCCUAAAGAGCGUUUUGCAUUUCCUCAGAUGUCCUCAUCUUCUUAGAAACACAGAUCCGACUAACCCUUUCAACUACGUAGUCAUUUUCGUGAAACCAUGGGCUCAGUUUCCAAAUGCUGUAGCAACCAGGUAGGUGUGGCAUGGCCACUUGGCUGUGUGUGGUCUCUCGUAUAUCGAAGUUUCUCACCCCAUUUUUUUGUCUUCAAGAAUGGGGGAAGUGGAAUGUACAGGUUGAAGUAGAAUACAAUGUCGAGGCAAAACAACUAUUUAAAUUUUUUUUUGAGCCAAACAUCCAAUUUUCUACCUUCUUUUCUAAUUUUUAUUUCAAAAGUACUGAAAAUUGGGAAGUGUUUAAAUGUUAAAACUCGUAAUUGCUAAAGAGCACUGAGGAAAUGGGAGCUAGCACUUACAAUAAAGACAAAAUUAUUUUCUUCAAAGCAGGUACGUGAUUGGGUAUUUUGAAAAAAACAACCAACCAGCAUCAUCUAUAAUCUCCAGAAGAUCACAGGAGUCAGCUUGUGAAUAUGGUAGCUAGUAGGUUCGGUGUUUUAAUUCACUAUUUAGAAGUCACUGUAGCUAGUUUGCACUACGCUGUGUGUGGAGGUGCGGGGGCGGCAGCUCAGCCCAGCGUCACACACGCGGCCCGGUGGGAGCACCGGCAGAUCUGAUCAAUCGGGAUCUGACCGAGAGGCUUGCUCUGGGCCCACUCCAGUGUCCCUGGAGAGCGCUCGCCCAGUGGAAUCAGGUUGCACCCUCCUCACUCCUUGUCAUUUUGUACUCUUCCUGCUUCUGUGGUGGGUUAUUUGAUGCCUUGCUAGUUUUACAUACUGGUUACUGAUGGCGUACGAAUUGAGUCUUAAGGAUGGUAAGGGAAGCCGUGUCUUUCCCAGAGGAUGGGCCUGUGGAACCUGAGCGGGCGGACCUCCUUUCCACAGUGCAGACGACUCCCCAAAGAAUGAGUCAGGUGACGUUUAAAACCAUGGGUUCUGAAGAGGCUCAAUUUGCAAAGUCCCGAGGUUCUGAAUGAAAAAGUCUUUAAUCAGUACUCUCGAAACCACACACUUGCUGGUUGAGGCCCAAGGUCGACUUUGCUACGCCGUUCCAGGUGGAGGGGAGCUCAGUGCGUCAUCAGUGUCCUCAGUCAGUCCCGGGUAUCGUAACAAGCCCCUCACAUGCAUUAAGUUCUCACAUGCACAAGGAUGAAGGCUUUGGUACUGAAACCGAAGACUUCGUGUACUCAAGAAUCUUCACAGCUUAUAUUGGACAGAUUUUCUUUUUAGGAAUGAAGGAAAAUUCUCCCAUUUUUGAGCCAUUCUUUUAUGUCAAUUCUACAAAUUGCAUGUAACUUUAUAAAUAUUUUUAAAAGAUA